AAACUUGCAGCUGCUCACUUUUCAGACUAUGCUCUUGUUUGGUGGAAUAAGUUUGCAAAAGAGAGAUUGAGAAAUGAGGAGCCAGCGGUGGAAACAUGGGCUGAAAUGAAACGAAUCAUGAGGAAAAGAUAUGUCCCUUCAAGCCAUGCUAGGGAUGUAAAAUUUAAACUUCAAAAACUUACCCAAGGCAGCAAGAGUGUUGAGGAGUAUUACAAAGAACUUGAGGUGCUUAUGUUGCAAGCCAAUCUUGAGGAGGAUGAAGAGGUAACCAUGAUUCGAUUUAUUAAUGGUCUAUCUAAUGAUGUUAGAGAUAUUGUAGAACUUCAGGAAUAUGUAGACAUGGAAGAAUUGCUGCACAAGGCCACUAAAGUUGAGCAACAACUCAAAAGGAAAGGGCUUGCAAGGAAGAGUUCUACCAAUUCCAAUUCAUCUUGGAGAGACAGAAUGAAGAAUGAAGGGCCGAGCACCCUUAGCAAACCAGCCACCAAACCACAAGCUUCAGCUUCUUCAAAACCUCUUGAACAACCAUCCAAAAAGAGCAAAGAGGUCAAGUGCUUCAAAUGCCAAGGUAUGGGACAUUAUGCUUAUGAAUGUGCCUCCAAAAAGACCAUGAUUCUUAAGGAUGAUGGAGACUACACCAGUGAGUCCGAAGGAGAACAAAGUGAAGAAGAAGAGGAGGCAGCCAUGAAUGGUGAACUGUUGAUGAUCCGAAGAAUGCUUGGUAGCCAACAAAAGCCAAAGAAAGAAAGCCAAAGAGAGAAUAUCUUUCACACAAGAUGUUCUGUCAAUGGGCAGAUUUGCUUGAUGAUUGUUGAUGGCGGAAGCUGUACUAAUGUGGCUAGUGAAAGAAUGGUGGAGAAGCUGAACCUGGUCACAAAACCACAUCCUUGGCCAUACAAACUUCAAUGGCUCAGCCACUAUGGAGAAAUACAAGUAAGUAAGCAAGUUGAAGUUGACUUUUCCAUUGGCAAAUACAGGGAUAAGGUUCUUUGUGAUGUUGUUCCCAUGGAGGCUAGUCACAUACUGCUGGGAAGACCAUGGCAAUAUGACACCAAGGAUUAUGAGGAUGUGUUUCCAACAAGUGUUCCAAGUGGUCUACCACCACUGAGAGGAAUUGAGCAUCAAAUUGAUCUCAUUCCGGGAGCUUCUUUGCCUAAUAGGCCAGCAUAUAGAAGCAACCCACAAGAAACCACUGAAAUUCAAAGACAAGUGGAAGAACUCUUGAACAAAGGGUGGGUAAGAAAUAGCAUGAGUCCUUGUGCUGUACCGGUGAUUUUGGUACCAAAGAAAGAUGGGACUUGGAGAUUUGUUGUGAGUUCGAAAGGAGUGCAGGUUGAUGAGGAAAAGAUCAAAGCCAUUCAAGAGUGGCCCACUCCUAAAUCCGUGGGUGAUGUAAGAAGUUUUCAUGGCUUGGCCAGUUUCUACAGGAGGUUUGUAAAGGACUUUAGUACCUUGGCAGCACCCCUAAAUGAAGUGGUGAAAAAGAAUGUGGGCUUUCAUUGGGGAAAGAAUCAAGAAGAGGCCUUUGCUGCCCUAAAGCAUAAGCUUACCCAUGCACCUAUACUUGCUUUACCUAACUUUGCUAAAUCUUUUGAACUUGAAUGUGAUGCUUCAAAUGUAGGUAUUGGAGCUGUGUUGCUUCAAGAAGGCCACCCAAUUGCUUAUUUUAGUGAAAAGUUAAGCGGAGCUGCCCUUAACUAUUCUACUUAUGAUAAGGAAUUGUAUGCUUUGGUGAGAGCUUUGAAGACCUGGCAGCAUUAUCUUUUGCCCAAGGAAUUCGUGAUUCAUAGUGAUCAUGAGUCGCUGAAAUACUUGAAGGGGCAAGGUAAGUUGAACAAAAGGCAUGCCAAAUGGGUUGAAUUUUUGGAACAAUUUCCCUAUGUCAUAAAACACAAAAAGGGGAAAAGUAACAUUGUGGCUGAUGCUUUAUCCAGGAGACACGUGCACAAUGGAUUUUUAUUUAAGGAAAACAGGUUGUGUGUGCCUAAAAGUUCCAUUAGAGAACUGCUUGUUAAAGAAUCCCAUGCUGGGGGACUAAUGGGUCAUUUUGGAGUCCAAAAGACUCUAGAAACUUUACAGGAACAUUUCUAUUGGCCCAAAAUGAAACAUGAUGUGAUCAAGUUUUGUGAACAUUGCAUUGUUUGCAAGAAGGCUAAGUCUAAGGUGAUGCCACAUGGUUUGUAUACUUCUUUGCCAAUCCCUGAAUACCCUUGGGUUGACUUGUCUAUGGACUUUGUUUUAGGCCUCCCUAGAACAAAGAAUGGUAAGGAUUCCAUUUUUGUGGUUGUUGAUAGGUUUUCAAAAAUGGCUCACUUUAUUCCUUGCAGGAAAGCUGAUGAUGCUUGUCACGUUGCUGAUUUGUUCUUUAAAGAAGUUGUAAGACUUCAUGGGAUGCCUAGAAGCAUAGUUAGUGAUAGGGACACCAAGUUCCUAAGUCACUUCUGGAGGACUUUAUGGGGGAAGUUAGGCACCAAACUUUUGUUCUCUACCACUUGCCACCCACAAACUGAUGGGCAAACUGAGGUGGUUAAUAGGACCCUAGGCACCUUGCUUAGGACUGUCCUUAAGGCCAAUUUAAAGGCUUGGGAGGCGUGUUUGCCUCAUGUUGAAUUUGCUUACAAUAGGGCUGUCCAUAGCACUACCAAUUGCUCUCCAUUUGAAGUAGUGUAUGGAUUUAACCCUUUGACUCCUCUUGAUUUGUUGCCUAUGCCUAACAUUUCGGUGCACAUGAGGAAGGAAAGGUUUCCAGAACAAAGGAAAUCCAAACUCCAACCUAGAGGGGAUGGACCUUUUCAAGUGCUUGAGAGAAUCAAUAACAAUGCCUACAAAAUAGAGCUUCCAGAUGGCGGAGAAUUUGAUUUGAGGUCAAAUCCUUUUCAAGAGGGAGGG